AUGAUCCCACAAUCCCCAGACACUGGGAAAGAGACCCUGAGGGAGGGGCAUCGGGGCGGCCGUCCCCUGAAUCGACCUCGACUACCAGUGAUUCCGCGGAUCGACCACAAGAACCACCUCCAAACCGCCAGGCAGUUCCCCAACAGCAACAAUAUGUACAACCGAGCCGCCCUCGAGAACUACUUCAACUUCCAUUUGGCGGAAGUCAUGACGAUCCUGACCGAGACGAUGACCCACAUCGAGCAACUCCGGGAAGCACUGGAGACAACGCUGCACACCUUGCUGCAACAAUCCUUCAUGCAGACCCGGGUCCUUCUACGACAAGUACUUCCACACCACGCCAACUUGGCCACGCGACUAGACUUGAACAUCACCUACAACAAGCUCGGCAUUAGAAAUGCUGCGGCAGCCUUCGACACAAUCACAAUCCACCUCGCGAUCCACGAAGGCGGCGCGGCGCACAUCCAGGAGUCGAUGGAAGCCCUUCUUGCAGCGAUUGACCGCACGGCUGGCUACUUGGACGGGCUCCUCUCAUGGUCGCUCGGGGGUGACCUCGCUAUGUGCCGUAGCCGUGCAGAAGACCGACGACGUCCACCGAGAUGGCGACGGGGAGGGAGCGGAGACCCGAUCCGGUCGCGGUUGAUCUUUCUGCUCGUGGACGACCUGCAGCACUACACGUCGUCACGUGCCACUAGCACACAGCCUAUUGUUCAGCUGGACGCUUGCCUUAUCGGGAGAGCCCUUAUGCUUGGUGGAGCCCGGGCCGCACCGGACCACACGACGGGCACGGAAAGUACCUUCACAUCUAUUUUUCGGCCGCUGGCAGACAACUGGCAGAGCCAGCUGGAGGCCAUCGACGUCGCAUAUCGGCGUGCAGCUGCCGCUUUACUUGAUCUUUUCAUGAAGCCCCAGCCGGAAGGCCUCGACCUGCUGGGUCGGUUGAAGUCCCUGCGCCACUUCUUCUUCCUCAGCAAGGCGGACUGGUUCGGACACUUCUUGGAUACCGCUGGUGAGCUGGAACGGCCGGCAGAAGAGAUACCAUUGGCUCGGUUGGAUGGCCUUCUUGAUUUGGCUGUGCGUGCAUCCUCUUUGGCUACCGACCCAUAUCGCGAAGACAUCUCCUGCGGCCUCCAUUCGUUUCGUGUGGAGGACGCAUGCCACAGAAUGGUAAAAGGAUCCGCUGAAGAUCCGGACAAGGAUGAAGCUUCCAUUUCGGGGGUUGCUGCCUCUGCACCAUCGGCAAGUGUCGGGAAUGAUGGCUCUGGCGUGAGAUGCUUGACGCUGAAGUACCGUACUGCUUGGCCUCUUUCAAUUCUGUUCUCUCGCACCAUCUUGCUGAAGUACCAGGUCAUCUUCCGGCACCUACUCUACUGCCGCUACGUUGAACGGAAGCUUGUGGAAGUCUGGGUGGACCAUCAAUGCACCAAAGAGCUGGGCUUGGACUCAAGUUUCAGCCCGUACUAUUCCCUUCGGCAGCGGAUGCUGCACUUCUGCCGUGACUAUAUAUACUAUGUCACAGUGGAAGUGUUGGAGCCGAAGUCGCAUGAGUUCCUGGCAACACUGCGCCAAGCGGAGACAAUAGACGACGUGCUACAUUGCCAUGAAAGUUUUCUUGAAGCCUGUCUGCGCGAAGUUGUUCUUACGGAAAGAGACCUCUACAGGCAUCUGUCGAAAGUACUGCAAACAUGCUUGACUUUUGCUCACAAUUUGCGGAGGUUCUCGCACAGCAUUGGGGUGGAGCCGUUGGAAGAGCCCAUGGAAGGGAAGACUCCUGCCGAGAGAAGGCUGGCAAAGGCCCGGCACAGCACGCAGCGUUAUCUGUCUCUUCUAUCACAGAGGCAUUAUUCGAAGAUGAUGGCUAAAUGGAAGACCAUUUUUGAAAGCCAGCUGCAAGCGUUUCUGCGUCAGAUCCAGCAAGAGUCCAAAGCUCGUUAUGAGCACUUCCUCAGCAACUUGGCGACACGCCUUGACUACAACGAUUACUACUCCUCGGUGCUGACAGGCCAGCCUGACAUGCCACCUUCGUGA